AUGGGCAUCUCAUACAGCAUCCCGUGGGUCUUGCUAGAUGAGGAGGAGGAGGAGGAGGAGGAGGAGGAGGAGGAGGAGGAGGAGGAGGAGGAGGAGGAGGAGGAGGAGGAGGGAAGGUUGGAUGCUACUCACGGCUCUGGCAGUGAGGAGGGAAAUGCCACUGUCGGCCAACUCGUCCUCAUACAGGACCACCUGGUGGUGCUAUGUGAGGACCAUCUUCGCUCAUAG